CCUGACUUCUCUGCAAGACAAAGUCAUCCUAGGAAGAACUGCACCUGAAUCCACAGGGAAUGCACCGCAGCCAGAGCUUUGACAGGAUCAGUGAAAUUGACAUUUUAACACAAAACAAGUAAAAUGAAAUUGAAAGACCCAAUCUAUUUAGACUUCUUUUUGCUACCAACUACACUGAAGAAACAAGCCUCCUUUUCCUUUCGGUCAUCGCUUUCAAAAGUGAAGUCAAUAUUUUUUCUAUUCUAAGUCUGAGCAGGCACCAUGAACAGAUAGUUUCUGCAUCUUUCCUUACCCUCUCCAAAGAGUGGAGUGCAAGAAACACAGUGAGUAUUAAAGAACUUUGAGGAAACUGAGGUCACAAUGGACUGAGCUACCUGAUGGCUUUUAUUGCCACCAAGAACACUUGUGCAGUCAUUGUGUCGCUGGGUACUCAGGCUGCAAAUCAACAGAAAAAGAGCACACAGGAUGAGCUUUAAUCUCACAGCUCACCCACUCAUUUAUUCAGAAAUGAGAUUGUAAUGGAACUUUAUUCUUCUGCUACAGCACAGCCCUAAGCACGUCACUAUGAACAACCUUUGACAGACAAUAGAGAGUUUACCAGGGAUGAUGCACCUUGAUCCCAGUUGCUCAUUUACAAGCUGCAGCUGUGAUUCCAGGUAGACUAUGGAUUGCUGGAAGGGAGCUGCAAGCCAUAGCUGGAUUUAUCCCACAGUGAUCAUCUGUGCAAAUGGAUUUUUCACCACAAUGAGGCCAUCAGAAUCUUUUCUCACUCCCUAUCUAACGGGACCAGACAAAAACCUAACGAUUGAAGAGGUUACCAACGAGAUUCUGCCAGUUUGGACAUACUCCUACCUCGCUCUCCUUUUCCCCGUGUUCCUGCUCACAGACUACGUGCGCUACAAGCCCGUGCUCCUCCUGCAGGGCAUCAGCCUCAUCCUCACGUGGCUCCUGCUGCUCUUUGCACAUGGAGUGGUGGCCAUGCAGCUGGUGGAAUUCUUCUAUGGCAUGGUCACAGCCACCGAGGUGGCCUAUUACGCCUACAUCUACAGCGUGGUCAGCAGCCAGCACUACCAGAGGGUCACCAGCUACUGCAGGAGCGUCACUCUGGUGGCAGCCACCGUGGCCGCCGUGCUGGGACAGCUGCUGGUGUCCUUGGCGCACGUCUCCUACUUCUACCUCAACGCCAUCACCUUGGCUUCCGUGUCCCUGGCGCUCGUGUGCUCCUUCUUCCUGCCCAUGCCCCAGAGGAGCAUGUUCUUCCACAGGAAAGAUGCCCCUGAGCCUCUGCCAGGGCCCGAUAAAGGGCCGGCUGCGGGCGCUGCCCACGGGCCCUGGAGCUGCCGAGAGGAAAGGAGCCCCAGUGCUGCUGCCAGGGGCCCGAGCCCCCAGCCCCAGGCUGGGAACAGCAGGCCCCACAGGCACACGCUCAGCGUGCUGCUGCAGCUGGGCAGGGACCUGAGGGAUUGCUACGGCUCCCGCCCGCUCCUCUACUGGUCCUUGUGGUGGGCUCUGGCCACGGCCGGCUUUAACCAGGUCGUGAAUUAUGUCCAGGUGCUGUGGGACUUCCGAGCCCCCUCCCACAGCUCCCCAGUCUACAACGGAGCUGUCGAAGCAAUAGCAACUUUUUUGGGUUCGGCAACAUCCAUGGCAGUUGGAUACGUCAAAGUAAACUGGGAUCUCUCUGGAGAACUGGCUUUGGGAAUUUUCUCUGCACUGGAUGCUGGUUCUCUGCUUCUUAUGCACUUCACUGACAACAUCUGGGCAUGUUAUGCUGGUUACCUUGCAUUUAAAGCUUGCUAUAUGCUCCUUAUAACAAUAGCAACGUUUCAAAUUGCUGUCAACCUCAGCAUGGAGCGUUAUGCUUUGAUGUUUGGCUUCAACAACUUUGUUGCACUGGUGAUUCAGACGAUUUUAACUGUUGUUGUAGUAGAUUCAAGAGGUCUGGGACUGGAUAUCAGCACUCAGUUUCUCAUUUAUGGCAGCUACUUCACAGUCAUAGCUGGAAUUUUCCUGAUCAGAAGUAUGUACACCAUAAUUUCAAUCAAAUGCAGAAAUACAAGUGUGGCUGCUGAAAGCACUGCCCCUUAACAACUGAGACAAAAGCAACAAUGUUAUAAGAAACAAUGCACAAGGCUCCAUCAUCUGGAUGACAAAUCAGGAGAAAGGAAAUUUUCAAUCAAGCAAAACUGGUCCAGGUUGAAGCAGGCUGUUUAUGAGCCUACUGCACAGAGAGCUUUGUCAACAGGAUGAUGCACUUGGUCUAUCUUCUUCACCAGCAGUUUAAUACAAACAUUCCUCAGUCUUCUAAUUCAAGUUUAGUCAUAUGACACAAAAACUUCUAUUAAGGCUUAAUGAGCACAAGGACAUCCAGAUGCCUGAACCUCGUAUCAGUGGAACUCACAGAACAACCUUGGGACUUUCCCUUACUAUUGAGUACUUCAAUUUAAGGCAAUUUAGUUACUGACAAAAGACCAUCAGACGUGCCCAGGGAAUCUAAAAUAGUUGUACCAGACAAUGACCUGUCGGAAAAUUUGUCACAGAGGCCUUUGGAAAACAACACAUUUUCAACUGGACAUCACAUCUGCUUUGCAGAACUCAGGAUGAUCCUGCAAGUGUAGCAUCUUCUUACACUUUUAACAGCUGAUUUUUUAGGACUGAAGUCUAAUCUAGGAGGUGGCCAUAUUAAUUCCUGUAUAAGGGGCCUAAAGUUAUCAAGUGAGGUGCUUUGAUGCUAAAGGAUAAAAAUACAGCUUUUAGGUAACUAGGCUAUUUGCAUGAACAAUUGUGGGAACAACUGCAGAGAUUUCCAUGAUUAAAACAUUUAAAAUCAGGGUUGAAGAACUAAUUUUGUAAAUAAAGCUAUUUUUAAAACCUAAUCAACAAAACACUUAUAGUGUCAGUUUAUGCUCAAUAACAUAGAGAAGACUCAAACAGAAGACUCAAAACAAUACAAGAUCUUCAGCUUAUCUGGAAUUUGACAAACCUAAAAUCAGUGAACACAGACGAAAAAGGUGUGCUUAGCUAAAAGUUGCAAACAUUUUAUCUGCAGUUAACUCAGUUAUGAAAAAUAACGUAUUCCACUACUUCUACAGCAUAUUCUAAACUACAUGUCUUGCAUACUUCAAUCAGUUUCAGUAUCUCAGCAGUAAUACUUGGAUUAGAACAAUCUCUAUAGAUGCUGAUCUCAUUAGCCCUUGCCCAAAGCCUAAUUUACACCACUGUAAGUGAAGAGGGCAGAAAUUGUUGCUCUUUUCUAACAUUUUUCAUCUCACUGACAAGACAUCUCUUUGAUUUGGUCCAGUUCUCUGCACAAAGCAUUUUCAGGUAUUCCACAAGCCCUGUUGAACCCCUACUCUCUACUGCAUUUACCUCUUACUAUCCAAAACAGCCAAGGCUGGUGAACAAGGAAGAGUUACAACUAUUUACACUGCACUAAAAUACAGUGGUGAGAGUAAGGGUGUCGCUAAUACCCUGCAAACCUCCAGUUGCUGGGGAUUUGUUCAGUGAACUCCCCAGAUAAUGUUGGGAACUGAACACUACACUCUGUCCAGCAGUCUCCAUCAGAAACAAAAGAGAGACUUGAAGCCUGUUUUUAAAAUGCCAACAGGACAAAACCAGACAUUUAAAUACGGAAAACUUACAGGCAGCAUGUUUUAUAAGCUGCUUGUCUCCUGCUUGGUAUCUCCAAAGUUUAAAAAACAAAAAUAAACAAACAGGAAUUACAACCCCCCUAAGCGGGCAACAGAAGUCGAAAGCAUAAAAAAUUAAAAUUAGCAUAAAUAUUUUUACAAGCAGACGUCAAACCUUUCAGAUGCCCUAGAAAAACAUAUCUGACAUUCAGGCAAUUACAAGUAAAAUCUCUUACCUUGAAGAAUUUUCAUGUUUAUCUCAAAUGGAUUUGCAUGAGCUUUUUUAAAAAAGUCAAUCUCACCUUAUUUAUUCUUGUUAUCCUGUAAGCUGUUGGAAUUCAUUCUCCAGCUGGUAUAGAAACCUUUAAGCUUGCAGUUUAUGUAUUCACAAUAUAGUUACAUUAUUUGCUUAGUUCCAGUACUGAACUUUAGCCAAAUUAUCUCUGUGUAAAACACCAACUACUUUGAUGCAGUUAUAUUUUUCUUGAACCUUAUCAGUACUACAGAGGAAGACAAGCCAGACACUUUUCCCUCUACAAAUGUCACUCUAGUAUGGCAGGAAAUAUUUCUGUGAAUUGAAAAAAAAAACCAAAAAAAAAACCAACAAAAAAAACCCCACCAAAUGUAAUAUUCCACAGGAGUUGUUACUGAUAUGUACCAGUUUUUAAUAAAGAGAGGGCUCUUACAUCUGUGGUCCCUUGGUCUGCUGUUACACACUCUGUUCAGACCACAACUAAGGCUUGUUCAGAGCCUGUCACUGCUGCAAAUCUCUCCAAUAAAUACCCUUCACAGUGCUUUCAGCAUGACAGAUACUCUAUUCAAACAAUCCAAACUUCACCUAACACUGCUGUGUGACAGGUCACUUCACUUGAACUAGAACAGGAAGAUUCAUCACAAGGACACAAAGAAACACAUCCAAGUGAGGCAUGUGAAAAUUUUAAGCUUAACUCAACUUUAAACACAUUGCUUUGUACACCUCAUCUGUGUACAAGACACAGUGUGUACAUUUUCAUCCAGUAAAUGUUACUGCACAGAAAUAAUGCUACACAGUUUUUUUUCUAAUAUUUAUUUUUUCACCUGCAAACUGUAGCAAAACAUGAUCAGCUUUAUUAUGCAGACAGGUAUCCCUCUAACAUUAGAGAUUUAGGCAUGUAUAAAUAGAAGAGCUCUUAGGAAAGGAAAACAUUUUGAGAAAUGAACAAACCUUCAAUUUAACUUCAUGACUUCCAAUACCAAUAGUUAAAGUGAUGCAACUCAUUCAUUCCAAGAGAUACAACAGCACCUUAAAGUGGCUGAUCUAUUCCCCAGUAACAUUUUUUCACAUAACAGUGUGUUAAAGUUACAAAUACUGAUAUGCACAAAUAGCUAUUUUCUAAGAAAAGUAUGUACAGUACUGCAGCAUAAUGAGUGUGGUAUCUGCAAUAACUUAUUAGCCAAUUUUAAUACACAUGAUAC